CCAUGUCCCAUUCUUUGGUUUAUCUUGAGGGUGAUUGUGUGGAGGUACUCCUCCCCUAUCCCUUGCAUUAUUUUCGGCCAGAACAAGGAGGAGGAGCUCCAGGGAAAAACCAAAGCUCAAGCCUUAGUUGGAGGGGGAGAAAAGCUAGGAAAAAUCCGCAAGAAAUAGUUGAGUUCAAGGAGUCGAAAUCGCCGGAAACCGCCACAUAUAGGGAGCUGUUCGUAGUUGCAGACUACGAAAGCCGCCCGGCUUUCGUGAAAGCCGCCCGGCUUUUGCCCAGCAGUUCAGUUUUACACCUUCAUUCGGCUUAGAACGGGGAUUGAUCGAGGGGCUUAGCAAAGGCAACUAUUUCAGCACUUCAUAAGUUUCAGGUAGAACGUGAAGGUUGCUACCAUUGCCCGUUGCUUCGGGGGGAUCAAGGGAAGAAUACGUGGUUCGUGCUUCUUCCGUUCUGUUUUAAAAACAAUUGCGCUAAUGCUCAUGGAUACUAUUUUCUGAAUAAUUACUUUGGGGGCUUGUUUGCCUAGUUAUGCCAAAUGUGGCUUGAACAAUUGUAUUAAUGCUUCCGCUGUUUUAAUUGCAUGUUUUACAUUAUGGUUGUUUAUGGAUGUAC